AUGUCGAGUCCGACGAGUUCUCAGAUCCCUGACCCAGAAAUCCCCACCCAAGAUGAAACAAGCAGUUCACAUCAACGUUCGCAGACCGAAACACUAGAAGAAGAAGAAUCACAAAACCUAGAUAACCCUCAAGAUCAAGAAGUUGCUGAUCAAGAAGACCCAAAAUCCCACCCCGAAGAAAACCCAGACGAGGAAUUCUUAGGUGAGGCUCUUCCUUUACCUGCUGCUAUUCAUGUGGCGGUUCCACCCAUGGGUGGAGACAUGCUUGAUGCCCCUUUGCCCUCACCCGCUAACCCUAACAGGCGCGCCCCCAAGCGCAAGAAGGGUAAAUUUUAUGCCAAGAAGCAACAGGCUAUAGAUAAGAAAUUGAGUACCCUUUUGGGGAGUUUGAACCCUAUUCCCUUUGUGCCCUCCAAGAUUCUUGAUUUCAGUAAACAUGAGAAGCUGAUGAAGCAGUUAGGACUGUGGGAAUUCGUUCAUAUAGAGUUUGAUCAGAACAUUAGGGUUGAUUUGGUUGCUCAGCUGGUUGCAUCUUAUGACCCAAGACUUAGGUGUAGUUAUGUGAAUGAGCGCAGGAUCCAAGUGAGUAGGGCAGAUUUAGGGCGGGCUCUUAAGUUGCAUGUGAAGAAGGAGAAGGGUGGGGCAAAUUUGUUGGAGGGUGUGGACUUAGAUGGGGAAUCAUUGCCUGAUGAGUCCGUUGCGAUUAUUGAGGAUUUCGUGUCGAAUUGGGUGCUUUUGCAUGAGGAUGCUUGGAUAAUGCCAAGUGAGGUGCUGAACUGGACAAAGUUUAUCAAGGAUAAACACCCGGAGAAGGUGGAUUGGGCUGGGUUGUUCUGGUUCAUGGUGGAGAAGGAGUUGAUACGGGGUGAGAAGUUGGAAGAUUGUUAUUACGCUGCACAUUUGCAGUGUUUAAUUAAGUCGCAACGUGAAGUGUUGUUUAGUGAGGAGCCUGACAAGGGACAACAUGAAGAGGGUUUGUUGGCGGAGGAGACUGAGAAGGUACAACAUGAAAGCAGGCUAUUACAUGAAGAGGGUUUGUUGGUAGAGGAGACUGAGAAGGUUCAACAUGAAAGCAGGCUAUUUACCGAGGAGCCUGCCGAUGUGGAAGAAGUCAAGGAAGUGGAAGACGGUGCUGGUGAGAGUGAUGUGAAAGUUGGAGGUGUGGCUGAGGGUCAAGAAGAAGGGACUCUGAUCAAAGAGCUAAAUAUUGAGCUGACAUUGGGCCAGGAUGUCCAGGCGAUCGAAAUGGACCAGGAUGUUCAGGAGAUGGAAGAUGUGAAGGAUGCGGAGAUGAUGGAUUUUGAGGAGCACGUGGAAGAACAGCAAGAGGAGGGGGAGGAACGGGGGCCCUUUUUGCAGAAGUGUAUGAAAGAAUGUAUGAGUUUGGGUGAGAAUGAGCAGACAGAAGAAGAAAAUGAGGAGUUGGAGGAAGAAGAUGAAGAGCAAGAGGGGGAGGAUGGUUUAGCCAUUCCGCCUAUGGUUGAUCCUCUUGGUGUUGGUGGGGAUGGACAUGCUGAAAAUUAUCUUGAAGCAAUGGAGACAACCCAGAUUGCACUCGAUUCUCAUGGGCAUCUUCCCUUUCAGUCCUCGGUUGACCUUCUUGCUUCUAGAACUGAUCUGAAUUCUGGUGGCACAUUUUUUGACCAUGGUGGUAAAAGAGGCGCUGAGCAUGACAAUGUCAUUGGCAGUCAUUCUCUUGGGGGCAAUAAGAGAUUGAGGAUGGACAGUCCAUGGGAUAACAAGCCAUUGGACUUUGGGACAUGCAUUGAGCAAAUGGAACAAUUGAUGACAAGAGCUAAGAUGCUGUAUGAAGCAAAGGAACAAAAUGAGCAAGACUAUUUUUCGUCUUGA